CAGAGGUCAGACUCUCUCUCUCUCAGCCAUCUUGGACCCCGAGCCCGGACCUUACAAUGCCAGGUGAAGCCACAGAAACUGUCCCAGUGACGGAGCAGGAAAUGCAGCAGCCCCAAGUGGAGACGGGAUCCGGCACGGAGUCAGACAGUGAUGAAUCAGUUCCUGACCUUGAGGAGCAGGAUUCAGCACAGACACAAACACAGCAGGCACAGCUCGCAGCAGCUGCUGAAAUUGAUGAGGAGCCUGUCAGCAAAGCAAAACAAAGCCGAAGCGAAAAGAAAGCAAGAAAGGCCAUGUCCAAGCUGGGUCUGAGGCAAGUGACAGGAGUUACCAGGGUAACCAUUCGCAAGUCCAAGAACAUUCUGUUCGUCAUCACCAAACCAGACGUGUACAAAAGCCCUGCUUCAGACACUUACAUUGUCUUUGGUGAGGCUAAGAUUGAGGACCUGUCCCAGCAAGCUCAGUUGGCCGCUGCAGAGAAAUUCAAGGUUCAAGGAGAAGCCGCUUCAAACAUCCAAGAAAACACACAGACGCCCACAGUACACGAGGAAAGCGAAGAGGAAGAGGUUGAUGAGACCGGAGUGGAAGUUAAGGACAUUGAGCUGGUCAUGUCACAAGCCAACGUAUCACGGGCGAAGGCUGUACGCGCACUGAAAAAUAACAAUAACGACAUUGUUAAUGCUAUUAUGGAAUUGACGAUGUAGGUGGAGAUUAAGUGGGUCGGAAUGAGAUGUUGCUGAGUUAAUCUACACUAUUUGUACAAUUUAUACCCAAGAGAAAUAAAGAUGUGGCUUGAUGGGUA